AUGAUCAAGAAUGGCGGGGAGUCAAUCGCCGUGAGCCCAGUUGCCACUACCCAGGGUAGCCCUGGUGUGGAUCCUGGUCUGCUUUCGAGAUUCGAGCAUGUCUCUCGGUCUGAAGCAGUGCGCAUGCUUCAGUUCCUGGAUAAGAUCAGGAACGAUGGCAGUGCCUGCGAGGACCUCGUAGGGAAGCUCGCAAUUGAGGACGAACCAGGCCUGGUGGAAACCACCCAAAGCCCCUGUAGUUCGCCAGGCAAGGAUGGUGAUAAGAUAAUGCGGGAGUCGUAG